GCAAAAGGUCCAUAGAAGAGCGGUGCUCGGGGCUAGGCAUGUUCGGGCAUAGCCGGUGAAGGAAGGCCAGAAGCUCUGCAUGUAAUAGGAAUUGUCUCUCGAGUGCAGUUUAUUCCUCCUCACAGCUCCUGGGUCUUCACAGAGGAAAGAUGGAGAUCAAACACAAUGCUUCAGAAAAGCCCCAGCUGGAUGCUCCUGUCCCCAGUGGGCAUUCAGCAAACAGGAGGAUCGGAAGAUUCUCACAUAAAGAGUGCCUAAUCUUUUCUGUAAUCCUGAAUAUAAUCCUCAUUGUUGUUUUAAUAGUUAAAGGUUUGGUUUCACCUUCUCCAUGCCCUUUGUCAUGCCCUCCUGGUUGGCUUCACUAUGAAGGAAUAUGCUAUUAUUUCUCUAAUGAGGAAAGGAAUUGGACGAGCAGCCAGGACUUCUGCUCUUCAUAUAAUGCCUCCCUGGCUACAAUUGAAAAUGAGGAAAAGGAUUUUGUGAUGCGGUAUAGAGAGAAAGUGCCCUAUUGGAUUGGCCUCACAAGGCUCCUGGGACAGCCCUGGAAAUGGCAAAAUGGCCAAAUUGCAAGGCUGAAAGUUCUUGGAGAGGGAGACAACUGUGCGUAUUUGAGUGCUGAAGCCCAAGCCAGCGUCUCAAGGUGCAGCACAGAACAUCUCUGGAUCUGCAGCAAGCUUUCUAAUCUGACUGGAACAGGAUAGAAGGUGGCACCAUGACCUGCCCUGCUAUCCCAUCAUUCCCUGCUUCUUUUCUUGGGAAACUCGUUUCUUGGCUGGCAGCUUUACAGAAGAGUGGUGCCUCUGUUUAACCGCAAAACAACAACACUGAACUAACGAACCAGUAAACUUAUAGUUUUUCAAAACUUUGUACUGUGUCUUAUAAUCAGAAAUAACUUUUAGAAAAUCUGUAGUUCAGCUUAAUAUAAGGGCAACAUGCAUACAAAUUCACAAUACAAGUGGUAUAAAGUUACAGAUCCACAAUAUAUAAAGGUCUGCUAGGCUCUAAAUAGCCUUCUAAACAGGCAGUUGCUAAUGUACACCAUCUACAAAGCAUAUACAAAGACACAAAUGAACUGUUCCACAGUUUCUAAUAUCCCAGUACUAUCGAAUGAGGACUGCAGAGCAGCUCAGAGGUGGACGUUCAAAUGAUGCUGGACUUCUCAUCCAGAUUAAGACCAGUUUCAUGGACAGACUUUGCCAGCUUGCUUCCUCUUGUUAUGAGAAAAGAGACACUGACACUGUGCGGACCCAGCCUCCGGCAAAAUGCGACGUUUCUUUUCCAAAGCUUCUUUCAGACUUCUGCUUUCAUAUUGCUGCGUCUCAAGGAACUGUAUUUUUCUUUUGGGUCAAUUUUUAGUUUAGUCAUUUACACUAAAGCCACCAUUACUGUCUUUGUCCCAUAGCCUGGUCUGAAAUAUCCCUCCUAUCCCCCACUGUUGGUCCCCUAUUGAAAGCUCAGCGUUGUUCUGCCACCAUUUUCUCAGUAGUUUUACCUAGGAAGGACAAUAAGAUAAUCAGAAAAUAACUGGCCACAAAAUUCUUCUCCAGGUUUUUUUUAAUGUGGUGGCUGAACUUAUGCUGCAGUUUUGUAAAUGUUAUUGAUGAAAAAUGGCAUGCUUUUGCAAAUAAAUAACAAUUCCAGGCUGAA